AUCGGCGACAGUGUUGUUUACGUUCUGCCGCAUGGUGCACACCCCGCUUUUCUUCCCAAAAUAUUUCCGCGCAGAUUAGUGCAAGUUCGUUCCCGUUCGCUGAGCUCUCGUCGUCGCCAAGUUGCACAAAAUCGCGUCAUAGUCUAUAAUCUAAUUUCAUCAUCUUGUGUGGUUGGUUAAUAUUAAUAAACAUCGUCAUCAAAACUAGCAAGACAUUCAGACUAUAUCGAUAUGUGGCACGAAGUGCAGCUGGCCAAGGAGGAAAACCGCCGGGAGCUGGUGCUCUCGGGGGCUGCCAUCCGAAAGCGAUUCGAGGAGAACGACGGCAACCUGGACGAGACCGUUUACCAGCUGAGUGCCCUCAACCUGCUGGACAUCAACGAUACACCGCUGCGGGACAUUUCACCCAAGAUUGCCAAUCUGGAACAUCUGCAGUCGUUGAUUCUGUUCCGGAACCAAAUCGCGUCGGUACCGGUGGAGAUUGGACGAUUGGCGGCGCUCAAGGUGCUGGAUUUGUCCGGCAAUCAGAUUGAGACGCUCCCGAUUGAGUUGGGACAGCUGAAAGCACUGACGACGAUCAAUCUAUCGGGGAACAAGCUCAAGCAGGUGGAUCUGGGCCAGCUGGAGUGGUUGACGGUGUGCAACUUGUCCUCGAACCAGCUGGAGGAAUUCCCGGUGCUACCGUGCGGAAAGGAGGCACAACAUCUGGCAGAGGUAAACUUGGAGAAAAAUCACAUCAAAGAAAUUCCGGUGACGUUGGUCAAUCAAACGAGCCUGAAGACGUUGAACGUGGCUGAUAACAAAAUUGAAUUGGCUCCAAAAUUUUUGGUCAAAUGUCCAAAGUUGAAAGAAAUCAAUCUCAAGGACAACCCCCUGAAGGACAAACGAUUGAAGAAGCUGGUGGAGCAAUGUCGCAGCAAACAGGUCCUAGAUUACGUGGAAAAGAACGGCUACGUCGCUCCUAAGUCCGAAACCGACACCAAUGCCGAAAACAGUCUUCCAGAGCCGGAACCAGCGCCGGAAGUGGUGGACGUUCGACAGCGAAUCACAAUUAUCAAAGCGCCGGAAGAUGGUCGUAAAGUGAGCUUCACAGCGGAAGCGAAAUCUCUGCGACCAUACGUAGCCCAUUGCAUCGUGCGGGACUUCGACGUGGGCAACAUGAAGAAAUUCCUUCAGCUGCAGAAUGACCUCCACGACAACGAGUGCGGGAAGCGCGAAUUGGCCACCAUUGCUACCCAUGAUUUGGCCAAAAUCAAGGGAAACAUCCGCUACCGAGCGGACCUAGCCGAACAGAUCGAGAUUACGCCUCUGGGAGCGAAGGUCAAAUCAACGGCGGCCAAGUAUUACGACGGAUUGAAGCAGCAGGCGGAGAUCAUUCGAAAGGAGAAGAAACGGAGCACCUACUCCGGUGUGUACAAAUUCAUCAACCUUCUGGAGGGAAAAGUUUUUGUUUUCUUCGAUGACGAGGAGAAAGUGAUCAGUCUGCCACCGUUGACGAACUGCGACGAAACGAAAAUAUCGCCGGAGACCAAGCAAAUGCUGCUCGAGGUGACCAGUUCCGUUAGCUUGGAAGUCUGCCAUCGGGUUAUGGUGGCACUCAUCAAGAAGAUGAUCCUGAUGGAUGUUCAGGUGAGUCGAGCUGCGCCAGAGGGGAAGAAGAAAGCGAAGGGAGCAAAGGGGCCAUCGACCACUGUCUUGACUUACGACCGAUCGGUGGAGAUGGUCAUCGAGCAGGUUCGACAGUACGAUGCCGAAGGGAACUUCCACUCGGUCUUCCCGGGCCGAGCGGAUUUGGUUUUCCCCGAGGAGGAGAAGAUCGACGUCGAGUUCAAGUGAGACACGAAAGAACCGGAUGUUUUUGUUACCUAAAACCUCUCUACCACAUGUUUGAUAAGUAAUUGAAUUGAAAAUUACCUGCUAUUUAAGUUAACAUUUCACAACGAACACAUACCCAAAGCCACGAAGUAUCAGUACUACUAAUAAUUAAUAAUCACUGUUGUUACAACGAUUCGAGAAUUUACUGCGAAGCAUUACAAUUUUUCGAAACAUC